AUGAGUAACCCGCGCUCCCGGCCCCGCUUCUCGGACGAUGAAGUCGGCAGAGCACAAGCCAAUCCUCCGAACUCGGCAUCAACGCCGCCUCCGUACUCCGACCCGAACACGGAAGCCGCCGCCGCCGUAGCCGCCUUUCGCGAAGACCAGCCCCUCCUCCGCGACCCAGCCGCCGCAGUCGAGGCCGGCGAGUCAUGGAAGCCGCCACGAGGGUUUGUCUGGAUCGAGCUCGCCAUCAUGGCUAACGUCUUCCUCUAUGGUUUCGACGGGACCAUCACGGCGGCGACGUACGCCGUCAUUAGCUCCGAGUUCGACGCUGCUAACACGGCGAGCUGGUUGACGACUUCGUACCUCGUCACGAGCACCGCGUUCCAGCCGCUGUAUGGGCGGUUUUCUGACAUCUUCGGGCGGAGGGUGUGCUUCUUUGUUAGUAGUAUCACUUUCGGGCUGGGAUGUCUCGGCUGCGGGUUGGCGGGUGAUGUGGUACUUCUCAACUGCAUGCGCGCGCUGACUGGAUUUGGAGGAGGCGGUCUGAUGACGAUGGCUACGAUUGUCAACUCGGACAUGAUUCCCUUCCGCAAGAGAGGCAUGUACCAGGCCCUACAGAACGGCAUGUUCGGCUUCGGCGCCGUGGCCGGAGCUUCGUUUGGCGGCUCCAUCGCCGACCACAUCGGCUGGCGCUGGUGCUUCCUGCUGCAGGUGCCCGUCUCCAUCAUGGCGCUUGCACUGGGUGCUCUAGUGAUCAAGAACCCUGAGGGAGGAUUCGAUAUCGACACCAACGACUGGAGGGCCAUCUGGUCGAGAGUUGACGUUUCAGGGGCGCUCCUCCUGGUCGUGGCGAUUUCUGUUCAGCUCGUUGGUCUAAGUUUGGGCGGCAAUGAGCUGCCCUGGGGCAGUCCCAUCGUCAUUGGCACGCUCAUGGGCAGCGUCCUCUUGUUGGCGUUGUUUUUUAUUGUUGAGGCGCGGACAAAGGCUAUUCCUGUUAUCCCCUUGAGGAUGCUACGGGGAAAGUUGCCCAUUCUCACGCAGAUUUCCAACGUUUGCGCGGGACUCGCGGCGUAUGCGUAUCUUUUCAUGCUUCCGCUCUUCUUCCAGGUAGUUUUGCUCGACUCAGCGACCAAGGCCGGCGCGAGAUUGGCGAUCCCAUCGCUUGCUACACCCCUCGGAGGUCUGUUUGCGGGCAUCGUCAUGUCUCGCUGGGGCAAGCUCAUCUGGCUCGUCCGCACUGGCGCGUUCCUGAUGCUGUUUGGCAACUCUCUUGUCACGGCCCUCCAGUUCCAGGACUCGCAGUGGAAGUAUCUGGUUUACAUCUUCCCUGCGAAUCUAGGACAGGGUAUUAUCUACCCCGCGAUUCUUUUCACGACUCUGGCUUCAUUUGACCAUGCCGACCACGCCGUUUCAGCUUCGACAGUGUAUCUCGUUCGCUCUCUGGGCACAGUCUGGGGCGUGGCGAUAACUUCUGCCAUCGUGCAGACGACGCUCAGUGUGCGGCUACCGGAAGCCCUCGGUGACAUUCCCGACAAGUCAAGACUCAUUGACGAGAUUCGACAUUCCGUGACAGCCCUCAAGACUCUCCCGGUAGAAGUGCGCUUACCCGCCCGCCAUGUCUACUACGAAGGCAUUCAGUAUGCCUUUGCCGCGUCCACCACCUUUGCCGGCAUUGCUCUCAUCGCCGCACUUUUCGCGAGCCCGCGCGGUCUGCGAAGUACUCACAAAUAG